UGCAGUGAAGAAGAAUGUUAAUUUUGUAGAUUGCCAAAAACAUAAACGAAAACAAAAAGCUGAAUUAUAAAUUAUAGACAUAAAGUGGUUUAUACAUUUGGCACAUAUACAGUCUAUUUGAUUUGUAAUUGACCAACACAAACUGAUCAAUUGUUGAAAAUGAGCACGCCAGCCAAAAACAAUGGCACAGGGCUGGAGGACGUCAACAUACCGGGACAGGCGUUUUUACGCGAAGCCCUGACUUCUUGUACGGAUCCAUUGAAAGCCAUUGAGAGUUUUCAACUGGAGAAUGGUGUGCUAUUGCCAUCGUUGCGUCCAAUGCUGCCACUAUUGGAUUUGCAUGGAGUGCGUCGUCUGGACUUUCAUACAUCGCUAAUGGAAGAGCUGCGCGACAAGCUGAUUGCUCACAUCAAUGAGCUGGAUCAGAAAGAUCCGCGAGAGCGCGAGAAGAAGCUGAAGGAACUGCUGGUUAAAAGCUUUCCCGUAGUGCGUGUGAAAUACUUGCGUCCCGUGGUGAUGGCCAUACUGCGCAACACGCAGCACAUUGAUGACAAGUAUCUACGCAUCCUGGUGCGUGAUCGCGAACUCUACGCGGAUACGGAUACCGAGGUGAAGCGACAGAUUUGGCGAGAUAAUCAGUCGCUGUUUGGUGAUGAGGUUUCGCCGCUGCUGUCGCAGUAUAUUCGCGAAAAGGAGCACAUUCUAUUUGAUCACACCAAUCUGAAUAAUUUGUUCUUCCAGCCCACGCCAAAGGUGCGGCGACAGGGCGAGGUAGUCCAAAAGCUGGCCAACAUGAUUGGCACCAGUGUCAAGCUGUACGACAUGGUUUUGCAGUUUUUGCGCACACUCUUUCUGCGUACCCGCAAUGUCCACUAUUGCACACUGCGCGCUGAGCUUUUAAUGGCACUCCAUGAUCUCGAGGUGCAGGAGAUCAUCUCGAUUGAUCCGUGCCACAAGUUCACUUGGUGUCUGGAUGCCUGCAUUCGCGAAAAGAAUGUGGACAUUAAACGCUCGCGGGAGUUGCAGGGAUUUCUGGACAACAUCAAGCGUGGCCAGGAGCAGGUGCUCGGUGAUCUAUCCAUGACACUCUGCGAUCCCUAUGCCAUCAAUUUCCUGGCCACCUCGGCCAUCAAGAUUCUGCAGCAUCUCAUCAAUAACGAGGGCAUGCCGCGGGAUAAUCAAAUAUUAAUCCUGCUGCUGCGCAUGUUGGCACUGGGAUUAAGUGCAUGGGUGAUGAUCGAUUCGCAGGACUUUAAGGAACCCAAGCUGGACAGCCAGGUGGUGACCAAGUUUCUGCCAGCACUCAUGUCGCUCAUGGUGGACGAUCAGUGUCGCAGUCUGCACGGAAAACUGCCACCCGAUGAGCGUGAAUCUGCUCUGACCACCAUCGAGCACUCGGGACCCGCUCCGGACGCCGUCGAGGCGUACAUACAGGAGAGUUCCGUGGCCAGCAUACUGGCCAUGUACUAUACGCUACACUCGGCCCGCACCAAGGAUCGUGUGGGAUUGCUACGCGUUUUGGCCAUAUUGUCGGCCUGCAAGGAUGAUCGCGCCUAUGAGGAUCCCUUCCUGCACUCUCUGAUUGCCCUGCUGAUACCCAUGAGCGAGGAAUUCGCUACCGAGGACUUUUGCACAACGCUCUUCGAUGAAUUCAUAUUCGCCGGCCUGACACGCGAGAAUGUGACAUCGAGGCACAUGUUGAAGCUCCUUUGGUAUGUGCACAACAAGUUGCCCCUCGGCCGCCUCGCCACUCUGAUGAAGGCCAUGCAACCGACAACCGCCCACAAUGAGCACAUCCACAAGCUCUACGAGACGCUCCAGGAGCGCAUUGGCACAGUCACGGCAGCCGAGACACCAAUCGCUGAUCUCCCGCCGGCCGACUUUGAUUCUCCACUCAAGAGCGUUCCCACUCCGGGACCGCACUACAGCGCUCAGUAAAUCCCAUAAAUCCCACAAAUUUAUAUUCGUGUAUGUAAUUUAAGUUAUUUGUAUACCCAGCUUAUACCUAGUCUUGUCUAUUUACUAUAUUAACAAUAUUUACGAGAAUGUAUUUCAACUGCAUAUCGAAGCAUGUCUCAGUACAUUUAGUUUAUGACAAUUAAUUAAAUUUUUUUUCGCGUAGUUUUAAUU